ACUGCCCCUACCGAUGUGGCCCGUAGUGCGACGAGUGCACCAGCCGCUGCCAUCACAGCCGACAAAGCCCCCGCCAAACCAAAGGCAGCCGAAGACCUCCAGAAAGACCCAGACAAUGAUUCAGGCAUUAAUUCGGGUGAUGGUGCGUCGUUGCACACCGAAACGCCGGCGGUAGGCGUAAAAGUGGUCGCCAUAAGCGCUUCAGGGGAAGUGCCGGAUGAGCAUGUAUAUGACACUCUAACCAGCAUCGCCCCGAUUCCGAAUAGAACUCCGGGCAUCUACCCGGAUGUGGUCAACGGUUCUAGUGAUGAUGACGAGAAGGACAAGGCCGCCGUCACCUUGGCAACGGGUGACGGUGGGGUGUACACGCACGCGGACGCGCGCAGAUUGGCACACGCACACUCAUAUGCAGACGGGACCAGUGGUUUGUCUCAGGAACAGGAAGCCGCCCGUAUGGCAGCGCUUGCGAGGUUUACGGCAAAUACUAUGUAUCCGGAUGCGUCCCCCACCACAGACAACAAUCCCCGACCCGCUAAUCGGCUGUACCCCAAUAUGUCCGCCCCCACUGGGUACACCAACCAGCUGCGCACCUUCCAGCCCACCCUACACACCUCCACCGAACUUCGGUUCCAGCCCAGCGCGCCGGCCCUGGACGAUGCGGCGUACCACGGCAUCUACGGUGACGCCUACAACCCUUACUUAGACUCCACAGCCAAUGCAGCCGUGCUCAACCAAUACAUAGGACUAUUCGCAACCGAGCACGGACACAGCACGCACCUGCACCAGCCAGCGUCUGCACCCGACCUGUACGCGUCACAACCGCUGGCACCCCCGGCGUACCAUGUCCUGGGCGAUGGUACCGGUCCCGCAAUGGAUAACGGGACAUCCAGCUCCGGCGGUGGAACGGACACUGGCGCUACUACUGGCCGGUUGGAUACCUACGACGAGCUGCGGCUGGUGCAGAAAGCGAUGUAUGCGCGGCAUCCCCAAAGCGUGCUAGCACCCUCUCCGACUACACACCGUGUGCAGCCUUCUCAGGCCCAGACACAGGCCAUAGUGGAGACGCCAGCCGAUGCACCGGACAGCACAGACGUCGAGAGUAAGAGUGACGUACCUACACCUACCACUCCAUCAGCCGUAGCGGUUGAAGGUACGGACGCGGUGGCGACCGGAACGGCGCAGGAAGAGACGGAGACGCCGAACAGGCCGGCAGGUGCGGGAAAGAAGACACCCCCGCGCAUACCACAGAGGACUAAGGUGAAGCCCAGUACAAGCACAAGCACUGUAGGAUCAAUGAGCCCGUGUGUAAACACAGGCAAGGACGCGGAUGUGGCUGCUACAGACCCGGAUAGGACCGGUACAGACGCAGACAGGACCGGUACAAUCGCAGACAGGACCGGUACAGACACGGAUAGGACCGGUACAAACCCGGAUACAGGUCCACGUGUACCCGCAAGGAAGCACGUGCGUGCAUCAUCCGAUGUGCAGGCGCCGAGGCCUAACAAGCCUACACCACCGUCAAGGAAACACUCGCGCACCAGUUCGCACUCGCUAGUUGCUACGUUACGCGCCACUGGUAGCUAUGGCAACGGCGAUGGUGCGCGCUCGCCACACUCACCACAGGCCAAGAUUGUGGAUUCUUUACCGAGUCCAUCUACACUCACCCCAAGCAGGAAGCACUCAGGCUCAAAGACCGGAGCACCCGAUGUACCACCCAGACUAUCACCGAAUACCACGAGUUAUUUAUACCCUGCAGUACCAGAGACUGUACCGAAAGAACAAUCAGUGAAUGUUGUCUGUACAGUCUAUCCUUCAGCCCAAUAAAAAGAAGACUAUAGUAAG